GUAUGUGGGCUCACCGAAUGGCUGUAGGGGAUUAUCAAGAUCUGAUUGACCGGGGUUGGCGACGUAGUGGUAAAUACUGCUAUAAACCAACUAUGGACAGGACUUGUUGCCCUAUGUACACCAUAAAAUGUGACACAUUGGAAUUCAAGCUAAGCAAGUCUCAGAAAAAGAUUCUCAAACGUAUUCACCGAUAUUUAAGUCAUGGGGCUGCAAAAGAGGAGAAAGUUUUUGGAAAUGACAGCUCGGAAAGUAUGCAAGGAAAUCCAGAAUAUGUAAUUCCGAAGUUUGAAGCCAGUCAAGAACUUUCCUCGGUGUCUCUAUGUACAAAUGUUGUGAACAUGAGAAAGAAUCUGGAAUCAUCUGCAACAGAAGAAAAAGAAAGCAGCCUUAACAGUAAUAAAGAAUAUUUAACUCCAGGGACAGAGAAGGAUACUAAUUUAUGUAAGGCAAGUGUAGAAAGUGCCAGUCAAGACUUCAUUGGGGAAAGCCCUAUCUUGAAGCCUAAGAAACUAGCAACAACAGGACCUGAUCCCAGCAGACCGCCCUGUCGAAAAGCCAAAGAUAUACGUAGAGAACGAAAGGAGGCCAAACUUGCUAAACUUGCUCAAGAAGCAUUGACCAGAGGUGAGUCUCCAAUGGAAACUAAACAGUGCAAGAUGCCUAACACUCAAAAAGUCCUGGAAGAUUUUAUUAGUGAGCCUCUGCCUGAAAACCCUGCACAUACUCUUGAGGUUAAAUUAGUUCGCUCACAACCAAGCAGUGCCGAAUUUCAGCACACGUUCAAGAUGGCUCAUCAAGUUUAUGAAAUGUACCAGAUUAAGAUCCAUGGAGACACUCCAAGCAAGUGCUCUGAACCACAGUUUAAGAGGUUCCUCUGUAAUUCUCCGCUUGAGUUGAAACUAGUGAGAGUAAGCCCUCCAGAAGCAGCAUUCAGAAACACCUUUAAUGCCUCGCAUGCUGUCUUCCGCAACUACCAGCUGCAGAUUCACCAGGAUUCUGAGGACGAGUGUGACAAGAAGUCUUUCCAAGGCUUCCUGGUUGAUGGGCCCCUCUCGCCAUGGCAGCCCCACAUUGGUCCUCCGCAAGGUUACGGAGCAUUCCAUCACCAAUAUUGGCUGGAUGGUCGCUUGAUAGCAGUUGGAGUAUUGGACAUUCUGCCCCACUGCCUCUCCUCAGUCUACUUCUAUUAUGAUCCUGAGUUCUCGUUUUUAUCAUUAGGCACUUAUGCGUCAUUAAGAGAAAUUGCAUUGACUCGAGAACUUCAGCGUAGAGUCCCAUCCUUGAAGUGGUAUUACAUGGGUUUCUACAUUCAUUCUUGUCCCAAAAUGCGCUAUAAAGGCAGAUACAACCCUUCAUUUCUACUGUGCCCAGAGACUUACUCUUGGAUUCCCAUUGAAAAUGCAUUACCCCAACUAGAUGCAGCAAAGUACUCUAGAUUAAAUGAAGAUGCAGCUGCUGUUGAUGAAAAUGGUCAGGUGGACAUCAGUAAAAUACGAGUACUAUAUAGACAGGACCUCAUGAGGUAUGGAAGGUAUCAUGCACUCAACCCAGGUGCUGAUGAUGAAGAGGAGGUCAGGGAAUAUGCAACCCUAGUAGGAGCAAAGUGUGCUUAUUCUCUUUUCUUGUAUCGAAGCUGAUUUUCUUUCUUAAAACAUCAGCAGUAGCAGUUCUCAGGAUAUUUUUGUCAUAAUGUUGUUAGACACUUCAUAAUUUCUAGUGCACAUUUUCUUAGUCUUUAUCCAUGACAUAUCUUCAUGAGUGAGUGAUGUAAUAGAGCUAGUGUGAUGUUGGUCACAUAUUUUGUGUAUGUUUGUUUGUUUAACACUAUUAUGAUUGUCAAAAAGAAAGAAGAGGAAUUAUGGAGGCCCCAGUCUACUGACAUCACAGGAGUGAGACAACAUGGUAUCAUAGUCCUAUCUGGAAUUCUUAUUGAGGCUGAGAAUUGUGAUAGGUCUUUGGGUUGUCCCAAAUCAUGUCUUAACUAUCUCCACUGCCAUCUUGGAUACUUUUUUUUUUUUUUUUAAAUAAUACACCAAGAUGCAAUGGCUUAGUUCUAACCACCCAGUUAGUGAGGAUUGUUCCAUUAACUUUUAUUACAAGAUACUUUAACUAUUUUUUCCAAAGUGCAAUUUAGAUUGGUUAAUACAGCGAAUGUAUUUUUUUUUUUUUUUUUUAAGGAUUUUUGUUUCUUUUAUGUUAGUUAACCCAUUCAUUGUUAUGACACUUGAAAUACAAAAACUUGUUAGCAGUGAAUGAAAGUUUAUGCAACAGAGCCAUAAAAUUAUAUAUUUUUUUAGUCACUAUAUAUCAUUUACAUAGUGUAGUAUAGAGAGACUCAGCAUUGUCAAUGAAAGCAUUUGUUUAAUAAUAACUUGUGAUAAAUGCUUUCAGUCCUGUUUAAGAAUCUUAAAUACUGCUUGUUUGGAAUCGAGAGUAGAAACCUCUGCUGUACAAUUCAAGCUCUUGGAUUUUCCGAUAUUUUAGGAGUACAGUAAGGCCCCGCUUUACGGCGUUUCGCCUUACGGCAUUCCACUAAUACGGCGAUGUCAAAUUAUGACCAAUAUUUGCUAUACGGCAACUGGUCUUUCAAAUAAGGCACCCCCCCACCCGGUUUGUUUACAUUUUCCGUGACCACAUCUAUUAUGUCAGGAAACUUUCCAAAAUUUCAAGUGUUUUAAAGUUACUGCAUAUUUUAUAUGUACUCUGAUAAUUAUACUUAUGUGUACCUUUACCUAAAUAUACUUAUACACUGUGCUGGUGUGCAGGUACACAUUAAAAUCGCUAAGUCUCUCUCUACUCAUGACGCCAAUACUACGUAAUAAUAAUCACUCUUGGGCACACUCAAUGUCUUAUUUUACAUCAAUAUAGGCAUUUUCAUUAAUCCAUCUAUGAUAUUUUCCUCAAAAUUAUUUAUGAAACCCAUUACAUAGCAUAUAAACAUGAUACAUACACUCACAGAAUAAAAAUUGAUAUAAAUAUGAGAUUUGUUUACAAAGCAGCUGUGUAGAUAGUGUCGGAAGAAUUAAGUUUUCUCUAGUCAAACUGGGGGAUAACUGUAGAGAAAUAUUCUUUUCAUAUGCCUUUAUAUAUAGCAAUUCAUGACCCUUGUGGGUUUAAUGCUUUUUAUAAUAAAUAAUAAUAAUAAUAAUAUUAUUAUUAUUAAUAAUAAUAAUAUUAUUAUUAUUAUUAUCUUCAUUCACUCUAAAAAUGGUGUGUUGCUGUUUGUUUAUUCUGAACUAACUUGUACAACUUGUACACAUUGUGAGGUAAUUAUUAUUAUAAUAAAAAAAUAUUGAGGUAAAUGUUUUACAAACUCUUACAAAUGGACAUAAAUGAACUAAAAGUAGACACACAUUAAUACGCAUUUAUUUCGCCUGACCAAGUGAUCGUCCACUACCUGUUCAGUUUGUGUUCUUACAUUGUCUCAAUUCUGUAUCUCGUUCUCUCUCUCGUUUACUCUUUCGUUAACUAGUUGGCUCUCAUUGACGAUGGCGUCUAAGGUUAGCUGUAAUAAAAAGAGAAGUCGUAAACCUCUUCCUUUAAGUGCCAAGUUAGAGGAUGAUGGUGUGCCAUUCUGAUUUUAUUCAAUAAACACCCUGCCACUCACCUCUCACACAUUAAUAUUAAUAUUUUAAGGUAAGUAAUAAGUGUACAGUGGACCCCCGCAUACCGUUGGCAUCACAUAACGUUAAAUCCGCAUACCGCUACAUUUUAUUGCCAAGAUUUUGCCUCGCAUACCGCUAAAAAACCCGCUCAACGCUAUUCGUCCGAGACGCGUCUAAUGUGCGCCCUUAGCCAGCCUCACAUGUUCCGCUGGUGGCAUUGUUUACCAGCCAGCCUCCGCGGUAACAUCCAAGCAUACAAUCGGAACAUUUCGUAUUAUUGCAGUGUUUCUGGUGAUUUUAUCUGCAAAAUAAGUGACCAUGGGCCCCAAGAAAGCUUCUAGUGCCAACCCUACAGGAAUAAGGGUGAGAAUUACUAUAGAGAUGAAGAAAGAGAUCAUUGAUAAGUAUGAAAGUGGAGUGCGUGUCUCCGAGCUGGCCAGGUUGUAUAGUAAACCCCCAAUCAACCAUCGCUACUAUUGUGGGCAACAAAAAGGCAAUCAAGGAAGCUGUUCUUGCCAAAGGUUUAACUGUGUUUUCGAAACAGAGAUCGCAAGUGAUGGAAGAUGUUGAGAGACUGUUAUUGGUGUGGAUAAAUGAGAAACAGAUAGCAGGAGAUAGCAUCUCUCAAGUGAUCAUAAGUGAAAAGGCUAGGAAGUUGCAUGAGGAUUUAAUUAAAAAAAUGCCUGCAACUAGUGAUGAUGUGAGUGAAUUUAAGGCCAGCAAAGGUUGGUUUGAGAGAUUU